AUUAGGACGCACGGGGAUGCUCCUUUCCCUCAGCCAAGUGCACAACCUACAUGUCUCCUUUUAUCUGCUGCCCUUCCUCUACAGUGGCGGGAUGCUGUCGUCUCCGAUUUGUAGCGAAGAGAUAUCUCACCACAUAGGACGCAAUGUGCCACUGUAACGUCCACAUGAAAGCUGCAGCUCUACACUUCUCCAGACCAAGCACGCCUGAGGUUAGUUGACUUUAUGUGAGAGCGGGAACGGGCUUUUCCUGCGGCACAUAAAUCUGUAACUUGCAUAAUUUCCAGCGUCAGUGAAAGAUUUUGGUGCAGGGGACCCAGAGGAUACUACUACUGCUGCUUGCUUCCACUGCACAAAGAAGCGUUCAGCGCGUCCGGUUGGAUUGAAGCUGCAGUCCACUUCACACAAACUGCAUUGCCACAACUGUAAGAGAACAUGUAUCCAUCAUGAAACAAUGCGCCGGCAGCUUUUCUUAUGAACUCUUUCGUGGAUCUACAGACUUCCAUCCACAAGUGGAGCGUUUUUUCCAUCAGCUACAGAUAAAAUCACUUCACAACUACAAUGGGACAACGUGGUGGGCUAAGUAGAGGAAAUGUUGCCUGUAGAAGUGCAGUGAGAGUGCAGGGAAGUGACUUCCAGAGGACACCUGCAGACGAGUGAAUGCCGUCUCCGAUGUGGAGCUUGUCGCUGUCCGACGCGCGCGUGGUGCUGAAAUUUGGAUGAUGCCUGGCCAGCGACUGCAAGGCUGCCGCUCCUUGCACCUCAACGAGGACAACGGCCGCUUCGUGCUGCUCGCCGUCCUCAUCGUACUGUACCUGCUGUGCGGCGCUGCAGUCUUCUCGGCCAUAGAGAGGCCUUCGGAGCUGCGGGCUCACGGCCGCUGGAACGGGACGCUCCUCAACUUCAGUGAGACCUUCAACAUCAGCCUGCAGGACCUCAACUCCUUUCUGCGGGAGUACGAGGCUGCCAUCGCCGCAGGGAUCCGGGCUGAUGCUCUGAGGCCACGAUGGGAUUUUACAGGGGCUUUUUAUUUUGUUGGAACUGUGGUGUCGACUAUAGGUUUUGGGAUGACAACGCCUGUGACAGUUGCAGGCAAGGUGUUCUUGAUCUUUUAUGGGCUUCUGGGCUGUGCUGCCACCAUCCUCUUCUUUAACCUCUUCCUGGAGCGCAUCAUCACACUGCUGGCUGUGGUAAUGAAGGCGGUGAGGGAGCGUCGAAUUAGGAACAGUGGUCUACUCCCGCCAGGCAUCCGCCAUGACUUCUCAGCCUACUCCCUCCCCGGCUGGAAGCCCUCUGUGUACCACGUGAUGCUGAUUCUCGGCCUGUCAGCCAUCACUAUCUCCUGCUGUGCUUCAGCCAUGUAUACCCCUGUUGAGGGCUGGCCAUACUUAGACUCACUUUACUUCUGCUUUGUCACCUUCAGCACCAUCGGAUUUGGGGAUUUUGUCAGCAGUCAGAGCGCGGCUUACGAAUACCAAAGCCUCUACAGAGUGGCCAAUUUCCUCUUAAUUUUAAUGGGUGUGUGCUGCAUCUACUCACUCUUCAAUGUCAUCUCUAUUGUCAUCAAGCAGGUGCUCAACUGGAUUUUGGAGAAAAUGAGCUGCUUGUUUUGCCAGCGCUGCAAUAAAGCCAGUGCCCUCCUGGGCAGACGCAAUGCCAUCCGCCCGGGCUCCAAGGGUCGCCAGGGUCGACUUGGCCAGCCGUCUGACUCAGAUGGACCUUGUGAUAGUGAUACUGAGGGACGCAGACUAUCAGGGGAGAUGAUCUCUAUGAAAGACUUAGCAGCCUCUAACAAGGUGUCGCUGGCCAUCAUGCAGAAGCAGCUGUCUGAGUCGGCCAACGGAUAUCCCAGGACAGUCUGUGGCAGCUCACGCCAUAAUGGUUUCUCUGGGGGGGUUGGCGCCCUCGGUAUCAUGAACAACAGGCUGGCAGAGACGAGUAACUCCAGAUAGAGGACACAGUGAGACAGGAAUUAGGGGAACUCUUGAUUCUCAUACUGUGUAACAAACCCUGAGGUUGAUCGCCAUAGAAAAAAUCCAAGGCUUUUGAGAUGGAUUGCCAGUGUAACUUGUUAUGCAUGAUACACAUGAUUUUUUUGGAUACUUUUGGUUGGAAUUACAAGCCUGUGUUGAUAAUACAGGUAAUGAUGGUGAUGGUUCUGGUGAUGAUUUGAUGAUGAUGAUGAUGAUGGCAUGAGAGAACAAGAGAUUCAACAAAAGAACAUGAGUUGAUCUGAAAGCGUGGGGACCACCCAUCACCCAUUACAUUAACCUCAAACCCAACCCAGAACAAAUCACUGAGAUGUCAGUGUUAGUCUGCAGAGGUCUGUUAUAUAUGCUCAAUAUAUCAGACUUAUACAAAUGAAAUGAUGUGGUGUUAGGGGAAGUAUACAGUGCAAUCUUCAUUGUGUUGGUCUUUUGUCAGUUUAUUUGAAUGUACAUAUGGAAUGCUGAUAUUAACAAGACAAUUGUAUUCACUGAAUGACAUAGCACAUACAGAUCUAUGCAUUAUACUUAUCAUGCAUUUUUUGCACCAUUUCUACACCUUCCAUUGAUUGUGCAAACCCCAUUUCUUUCUUGACACGAGUCAAGUUGUACCCUCAGGUGAUUGACUUCCUUUCUGUGGGCAAGUGUGGGAAGUAGAGUUUAUCUAAGCAUGGCUGUGAUGUAGCUGAUUUCGACAGGGAUGUAGAGAGUAAUUUCUUAUUGCUGAAGAUGGAGAAAAGAGCAGAGUUGAAUGAAGAAUGAAAAUGCAUUUAUGGUGAGAGAGGAACUGGCCUUCUUAUCAGCUCAGAAAAUGCUUGGGCGGCCAAAGACUUUGACUUGAAGGGUAAAAGAAGGCAUUACUUCACACUUUCUCUCUCUUCUUUUUCAAGCUUAAAGCUGUCUGUGAGGAAAACAAAUGAUAAAGUCUUGCAAUGUAUUAAUAACUCUUUGAAUGCCAAUGUAGACUUAUGUAUUUGUAAAAACAGAAUAAAUGAUAAGUAAGUUUUUAGUUAGUUUGAAGUGAAAUAUGAGGGAGAGGAGGCAAAAUAUGGAUGGUGUUAUCCUGUAGGCACAUUAUGUUAAAUGAUACAGAUUGAAAGUAGCCGGGUCAAUCUCAGAUGCUGGAGUGGAAGACAAAACCCCCAAAAAUCCUCUCGCUUGAAUUAAUUUAUGUUUUGGGGAGAUUUUCUGUUUUCAUCAAGGAAGAUCGACUUUUUUGCAGAUGAAUGACUCUCACUGUGGAACAAAGCAUGAUAUUAAAGCCCUCAUAGGUUGAUUUUCCUCAAUUUCUGUGUAAAUGUGUAGCCGAGGUUUAAUGGAGGGAGGGUGUUUGCGGAGGAUGCUGUGCUACCCUGUCAAGCCUUGCGAUCGAUGUCCUACUUGCCGGCAACUAUCUCUUUCAGGGCACUUGUGAUUUAAAUCCCUGUGAUGUGUGUUUGAUGUUCCUAAACAGCGAGACAGAGAAGGAGAUGUUGAUAGUUAACCUGUCUGGGAGACGGUGAUGUAGGAAGAGAACUAGAUAGAGGGGCUGGUGGCAGCAGUAGAGGUAGAGGAGGUUGUGUCAAAUUCAUGCCCAAUCCAAAUAAAUGGCACUCUCAGCCAAGGGCUCAACUUUUCCUGGCGUCCAUCUUCAAGAUCUAAUAUCCUCCCAGGCCUCUCACCUCUUUUUCUCUGUCAUCUCUGCAUUCACUUUACACACACUGCACCAAAACCCUCCUGCCUGCUCUUUCCCGCAGAUCUCGGCUCUCUCCUCACACUCAUCACCUUUACACUGUGAAUACGAUGAGACAUGCCAUAAAUGUGUGUGUAUAUAUAUAUAUAUAUAUAUAUAUUAUUGGAAUGUCUUAAAAAGCGCUUUUACAAUAAGGCGUGAAUUGGAUCUGGAUCUGUCCGUUGAUUUUCAUCCUGUUUGUGCAUAGAUCUGAAUAAUUUCCUUUGCUCCCCAGUCUCACCAAGAGAAAUAGAGAAAAUGACUCAGGUAGUUAAAUCUUCAGGCUUGUCUUAGUUUUUCCUGCAUGCUAUUAUGGUAAAGCCAUACAAGAUAGCUGUAUAUGUAUAUAACAGAGGACUAUUUAAAGUCUAUUUUUCUACAUAUAGCUUUCAAAAAUCUACAUGUGAAUGAUUGAAUAAGUCAAAGUCUCUCUUACACAGUCAGCAGAUUGAUAAGAUGCACCAUACUUUGGAUACUAGGGUUACAAAGUGAACACAGGUUUUCCAGGUGUUAAAGAGUAGUCUGAUAUUUUGGGAAAUGUGCAUACCGGUAUCUCUUUCUUGCGGAAAGUUAGAUGAGUAGAUCGAUACCACUUUCUUGAAGCCUGACAAGAUGGAUAUUUGUGUUAUAUGUUCGAUAGCUAGUGAUAUCUUUGAGAAUCCAGCUGCCGUGCAAGGUAAGAAUUUUGUUACAUUUGGACAGCUCCAGGUUAGCGGUUCCCCCGUUUCCAGUCUUUAUGCUAAGUAAAACUAGCAUUGCUAAGCUUACCUGACCAGGACCAGUAACAUCCUGGAUUCUGUUUUGGAGGCUGUUUUGCAACUGGUGCCAGCCAAGAAAUUGUCUGCCACAUUGCCCCCAGUAAAACAGUAAAUUGUCAACAUGUAACAUGUUAAUUAGAGAGCCAGCCUAGCUGUUCUAUGUUAAGCUAACCAGCUGAAAAAAGUCUAAAGCUUACUUAUUAACACAUUAUAUCUCAUUUUAUUAAAUUUGUACAAAGAAUGGUAGCCUAAUAGGUUGCUGCAGGUAGCUGUUCCCUGUUUCCAAUGUUUACGCAAAAAGAAAACCAGCUGCUGGCUGUGGCUUCAUAUUUACCACAUAAACAUAAGAGUGGUAACUCUUAGCAAGAAAUAUGUGUAUUUCCCAAAAUGUCAAUUUAUUCCUUUGUCAGCUCCCAACAGAGUAAGCUUACUGUAUGUUGAUGAUGUGAUGUGAAGUUUGCCGCGUCGGGGGAGGGGGGUUUGUCUGUUGCCUCACUGUUUAGCUGUGACAUUGCAGGCGUAGAAAAGUGUCAAAACCUGGGACAUUUGAGCAGGAGUAAGGGCAUGCUGUAGCAAAUGACAUACUGUAGUAUGAAUUCAAUGGUGUUCCCCUGCUGUAAUAUACCGUGGGGGAGGUUCUGCUGGCACUUCUCUAGAAUAAUGAUUCCUGAAUGAUGUUGUAUGUGAACCUUCAUUUUCCCUCCGAGGCUUGAGGUUACAAUGGAAGAGGUUUCAGGAUUGAUUAAAAUCCUUUGUAGCCAUUGGGGUUUAACUGCAUUGUAUCCUUACCUUACCCUUGACAAGGAGCAUGUGUGUAUGUAUACAUUUGUCCAAACUGGUGUGUAAAGGAUUGAAAAUUAGAAUUAAAGGACUGUGAUUUUUUAUCUUAAA